UUCCUUCUUUUUAGUUCGUCUCAUCAUCAGCCACGAUUUCUCUCGUACUGCACGGACUUCAUUAAUAUUCGACGACUUAAUUACUCCGUCAGAGAAUAAGAAAGAAUAGAAAAAUUCAACAAAGAUGUCUAAGAACGCAAGAAUACUCGAAGGACCACCUAGAACCUUAGAAACAAAUAUUUCUUUAGGACAAUUUAUUUUAGACAAUUUACGAAAACACUACGACCAUGUUUUUGAGAUUAACGCUGAAACUGGUCAAUUUCUAACUUAUAAAGAUAUGUUGGAAAAAACGGUGAAAUUAACCGAGGCAUUAAAAAAACGCAACAUCAAAGUUGGAGACAAGGUAUCAAUCAUUGCCGAAAAUCAUUGCAAUUGGUUCGUUGCAAUGUAUGCGAGCAUAUAUCUUGGUACUGUUGUUGCACCAAUGAAUCCUACCUAUACAGAAGUUGAGCUUAAACACGUGCUUAGUAUAUCAAAACCACAGAUUAUCUUUGUAUCACGAAGAACGGAAAAAUUGGUCAGUAAAGUAGCACCUAGUUUGCCAUGGAAUAUAGAAUUGAUCGAAUUGGAUGACAAAGCACUGAAUAGUAAUGUUCCAACAAUUGAAAGUUUGUUGAAGACUAUAGAUUACGAUAUAGAUUAUCACCGAUACACUAUCGUUGAUAUCGGUGAUAACAAGAAACGUCCGGUUGUUAUUUUAUGUUCAAGUGGUACAACUGGUUUGCCAAAAGGUGUUGCAUUGUCUCAUUGGAAUUUAUUAAAUUUGGCUACUACCAUUGGUACACCUGAUUAUUUAGGUAUUACGAAAGGUUCAAGAUUGUUAGCGUUCCUGCCAUUUUAUCACGGUUAUGGGUUUGGUAUGAUAAUAUUGGCAACAUGUAACGGAUCAACUGCUGUCCGAAUAACCAAUUUCUCACCGGAUUUAUUGUUCAAAUCUAUCGAAAAAUAUCGUAUAAAUUUUCUACCAUUGGUACCGUCGGUUCUAAUUAUUCUUGCUAAACAUCCGGCAGCACCUACUUACGAUUUUCGAAGCGUGAAAAGAGCAUUUUGUGGUGCAGCUCCUUUACCAAAAGAGAUCCUGAUGGAAGCGAAAAAACGAUUGAACAUAAAAUCAAUAGAAAAUGGUUAUGGUAUGACAGAACUUACGGUGGUGACUGGUAUCAGUAACAAAACUGGUAACAAUGAUUCCGCACUUAAUAACAUUGUACCUGGUGUAAAAUGUAAAAUAAUUAAUCCUGAAACACAAGAGACAUUAGGACCAAUGCAAAAGGGUGAAUUGUGCGUGAAAGGUGAUCACAUUUUAAUGUUGGGUUAUUACAAUAAUCUCAAGGCUACCAAUGAAACAGUCGAUAAGGAUGGUUGGCUUCAUACCGGUGAUAUUGGUUAUUAUAACGAAGCAGGUGACUUGUACGUCAUCGAUCGAUUAAAGGAACUUAUUAAAUAUAAAGGUUAUCAGGUAUCACCGGUUGAAAUCGAAGUACUCUUACUUUCUCAUCCAGCUGUUAAAGAUGUUGCCGUUGCUGGCAAACCUGACGAAUUAGCUGGCGAAUUACCAACAGCUUUCAUAGCCAAACAACCUAAUUCCGAAGUUAAUCCUCAAGAAAUUAUUGACUUCGUUAAAAAUCAAUUGUCACCGCAUAAAUGGUUGAGAGGUGGCGUACAUUUUCUCGAAUCUAUUCCAAGAAAUUCAACGGGUAAAGUAAUGCGACGAGAACUUAGAAAUUUGGCAUCCCGUUUGUAAAAAGAAGAACAAAUGUAUUUUAUAUAUCGAAUAUAUUAUCUAAACGUGUAUAGGGAAAUUAAUAAAAAUUAAUUAAAGGAAUA